AUGCCUGCCGAAAGUGACGAUACCAAAGCCGACACGCACGACGACGGUCAACCGGCAAAGCGCAAACGGCUGCGGAUUCCCAAAUCGUGCCUCCCAUGUCUCAAGGGCAAGCGUGCUUGUGAUCGUGGUCGACCUGCCUGCGGCCGAUGCGUCCGGUCGGGUCAAUCCAACGACUGCAGCUAUGAUUCUCGUCUUCCUCAGCCGCCUGCAUCGCGUCUAUCUAGGCAGACGGGCGCAUUCGACUACUCGGACGACGACGACGACGAUGAUGAUAAGUCGUUCCAAGAUUUGCGUCCGCUGGAUGCACUGCAGAAACAGCUCGAAGAGGCCCGCAACGAGUGUCGUCGUCUCCAGCGACUUCUUGGCAUGCAGCAGUCUACCUCGGCAUCCUCUUCCCGCUACCAGCAGCCUUCUCAGCAUCGCCCUUCCAUAGCAACCGAUGAUCAUUACUCUCACAUCAGCCCCAACGACAUGAAUGCGGCUCGUGGUUUGCAGAUGCUUGUCGAGAUCGCUGGGCCUCAACAUCAGGAUGCCCACUCAAACGCUGCCAAGUCCCGCAUUCUUCACUGGUCGACUCCUGCUUCACACGCGUCCUCUUCCUCUCAGGCUUUGCUUCCUCAUUCAUCUCACUCUACUUCCAAUGAAACGACACGACCCAGCGGCAUCGUACCCAGCAGUUCCACCUCGUCUCCAGCGGAUCGCUUUACAAACACCACCUCCUCAUCUCCCGUGUACAAAGCCCAGUUCGAGCGCCGCACAUCUCACCUCAGUGCCAACGAGCUCGACUCGCCUAAAAACAUCAACGGCACACACAUGUACUACGGUGACACCUCUUCCGGAGACAAGGUCCUCCACAAGGUAGCCGCUGGCACUGCUGGCUCGUCACGUACGCAUGCCGGCAAGAUUAGCUCCAACAUUCAUGAGACCUUGGCACGUAGAGAUAUGCAGUCCGCCUUCAACAGUGUUCUUGACCCAUCUCGCGACACAUUCCCGUUUGCCACCAUCUGGAGUUCAGGAACAGCAUUCAUCGACGAGGUUCUGCCAUUCUUUCCCCGGCCGGACGAGUUUGACAAUAUCUGCGCCUCGUUUGUUUGUCACUUUUCCGCCAUGUGCCCCGCCCUCACCAUACCCACCGCCAUCGAUCACGCAAAAGCCUUCUCGAGAAUGUCGCGUAAGCAACAGGCGCAGGUCUCGCUGCCCUGGUUCGCUGUCUUUCUGAUGAUCUGUGCUCAUGGCAAGAAUUGCGACCUCGAGAGCACAUCCGUCGGUCUUGACCAUAAGGUGCACAUGUUGGACGCUUUUAUCAUUGGCGAAGCAUCUCAGCAGCACAGCCGUCAUGCCAGCAGAGCCGCCUCACCGCUUGCACACGCUGAAACCUUGUCAAACAACCAGCCAGACAAAACUGAUGCAUCUCAGCCAGUGACUGCCAACGUGAGAUCGUUUGCUAUGGUCUCGGAUCUCUUUCUCUCCGCUGCAUACCAAUCGCUGCGUCUAUGCUCGUUCCUCUCCGCACCUACCCUGCAGACAAUCCAUUCUCAGCUCCUCAUUGGAGCCUACUUGCUCAACACGGAGCGCGCUGCCUCCUUCUGGCCGCUUCUCGGCUCGGUCGCCCGCCAAGCGCAGUCGAUCGGACUCCACGUCGAUCCGUACAAGAUCAAGCCUGACUGGGAUCCGGUGGAGGUCGACAUCCGACGUCGGCUCUGGUGGGCUGUCGUCCACCAGGAUGUCAUCCUCUCUAGUAUCUUUGGUCGUCCACUAGGCAUCACACGCUUCAGCUGCCGCUUUCCUGGCAACAGGAGCAGCGGCGACCCGUCCGCCUCUAUCACUUAUGCGGUUCUGCAGUGCGAGUUUAGCCAAUUGGCCCGAAUCUACCUCGACGAGAACCAGGAUCGUAGCUGGAGUCAGGCCAAGGUGAUCGACUUUACCGAAAAGGUUCUGGAGUGGUACAUGAAAGUUCCCGACCGUUACCGGCCUGAUAUAGGGCGCAUCGACCUGCUCGGCUCGGACAUGGGUACGGAUAGAGAUGCUCUACACAACUACCGCACUGCAGGCGUCGAUAUCAAGACCAAGGGACUCAUGGAGGUGCAUCAGAGCGGUAACCUUGCGGUCGAGGUUUUUUACAUGAUUCUCUCGCUACAUCGAUCGAAUCUGUUUCCCAACGCUGAUGUAGAUGCCGACGCUCUAAGUAGCAAGGCGGAUGGCAGCAGUACGUCGGACAACGCAGCCAAAGUGGGGGCAGGUCAACUCAAUCAAGUGUCGCUCCACAUCUGUGCUCAAGCACUUCGGCGUAUAACGAGGGCGCAGACGACCAUGAUCGAUCUCUUGGGCCGAGCACGCGCGACUAUGUUCUGGAAGAUCGCCUACUACACCUAUCAAGCUGCGAUCGCUGGAGCGUACAUCGUCUUUGUUCAUCCGCAGAGUAAGCAUGCCGAAUCGGCUUUGGAGGAUUUGGCGAUCCUGACCGAGUUUUUCGACAGGAUGCCAGAAAAGUGGACGGGUCUCAAGAUGGCCAAACCGGGACUGAGAGUGUUGCGCAAGUUGGCAGUAGCAGCGAGAGAGACUCCGGAAGCUGCGAGUAUGGCGGUCAGAAGUUCGCAGUUACAGCAGCCAGCAGCAAUUGGAAUUUCGGAUCUUGGCACUUCACCGAUGGCUCACGCUAACGGUUUCGGCAAUGUCAGUGGACAUGCGCAGGAUGGAGAAGUGACAGGUUCGGACAACAACGCUGCUGCUGUAUCGGAGCUUGCUGCUGAGGCGACUAUGGCUGCGACGCCAUCGUCGAACCUCAUACAUACGCCUGCGGUUGGCAAUGUCGACACAUCGCAGAUGGCGUUCAACUCGCAAUCUGCCUUCCUACCGCCACUGUUCAACUUGUCGUUCAUGUCACCCACCACGGGCACGCAGUCGAUGAUGAACACUACGCCGAUUGGCGGUACAAGCACGAUUUCGAAUGACUUGGCUGCACCGUUUAGCGAGCCUCCUAGUGCGUUUGCUGGUGCACCGGCGGCUUCGUCUGGAUCACCACUGACGCGCUCGCUUGCCAGCGUUCCUCUGGUGACACUGUUCAACAACACGUACGAUCAUCAGGACAAUUCGGCGGUGGGUGCACCCAAACAAUCGUUCUGCUACGAUCCGUUCAUUCCAGAUCCAUCUUGUUCGUUCAGUCACGAGGCGAGCAGUAGCAACAGUGCGCCUCGCCCAAGUGCUUCCGCUUCACCUCGAGCGUCUGAGCGAGCUACUGGCAUGUUGAACUCGACUGCCACUGGUCUCGUACAGAAUAGUGCACUGCAGAAUGAGACUGGUGUACCAAGCGUUCCAGGUGCACCAAUCACCGACAAGGACAGAUACAGAGCCGCCGAAGCAACCUCUGCGUCAGCACCACAGCACGAUGCCAACACGAAAGACAUGAAUCACAAAGAUCUCGCCAAUUACUGGUCCGAGUACUUCAGCUUGCAGUUGGACUGGGAUCGUUUAACCGGCUUGGCGUAA